GAGAAAAAAGAAGCCAAAUCGGGACGAGAAGCAGUACUGAGUCCGAUCCCGUCUCUCAGCGCGCGGCCGCUGGCUGCCCGGACGACGAAUUUCUUCCUUCACUCCACUGCCUCAGCCUCAGCCGCAGGUGCUGGGAUGGGGCGGCCGCCGAGCACCGGGGGCCCCGCCUUCCGGUUCACGCAGGCGGAGGUCGCCGAGAUGGAGGCCCGCCUGCAGCAGCUCAACAACGCCAUCCCGCACCGCUCCGUCAUCCAGGCCCUCGCCGACAAGUUCACCGCCUCCCCCGGCCGCGCCGGCAAGGUCCCCGUCCAGCCCAAGCAGGUGUGGAACUGGUUCCAGAACCGGAGGUACUCGCAUCGCUCCAGGACUUCCAGGGGCCCGCCGUUGAUGCAGACCAAGAUGCUGCCCACGGGCUCCGACGAGCACAAGUCGGCUGCAUUCAGGGCUAUGCCCUCUGCCUCUGCUCACUCUGGCUCGCCCUCAGGGAAGGGUUCUUUGGAGAGUGGCCAGGUUGAAUUUGAAGCAAAGUCAGCUAGAGAUGGCGCAUGGUAUGAUGUUGCUGCCUUCCUGUCUCAUCGGUUAUUUGAAUCAGGUGAUCCGGAAGUACGGGUUCGCUUUUCUGGAUUUGGAGCUGAGGAAGAUGAAUGGAUAAACGUCCGUAAAUGUGUGCGGCAGCGUUCUCUUCCAUGUGAAUCCACUGAAUGUGUUGCGGUUCUUCCUGGGGACCUCAUACUUUGCUUUCAGGAAGGCAAAGAGCAGGCUCUGUAUUUUGAUGCUCAUGUCCUUGAUGCUCAAAGGCGCAGACAUGAUGUAAGAGGGUGUCGCUGCAGAUUUCUUGUUCGCUAUGAUCAUGAUCAAUCUGAGGAAAUAGUUCCACUGAGGAAGGUAUGUCGUCGACCAGAAACUGACUACAGGCUUCAGAUCCUGCAUGCUGCUAGAGCAGCAGGUGUGGCUAAAGAGGUUGUGGUUGAUUUGGUGUCACACAAUGAUAAAAGCGCAGCUGAGCAGAAGCCCUCAAAGCAGCAUAAGAUGAUGGAUGUGAACACUGACGAGGUAGCCAUGGUUUCUAAUCCAGACCAAGAAGAGCCAACAGGUAAGCCUGCUGCUACCAUGCCAGCAGCACCGAUCAAAACCCCCAAUGAUUCAGCUUCAGCUUCAGAUGUGCAAAUGGAUGAGGCACAGGAGCCGCGUAAAGUUGAAACUUCUGAUGAAGCAGAAGAAAACAAGAUGAAAGAGGGAUAGUUGGAUGGCUUUGCUGGGCAUUAUGUGCGGCUGCAGUCUCGUUAAAUGCGUUGGCAUCUGGUCACGUGUGCUGCUGCUGCACACAGCUGGCCCUGUUAGUCCAUUCCAACGCAGGAAUGUAUGUCUUCACAACAUAUGUUGUGACUUGUGAAGAUUUAGUGAUUGCUUAGGAACCCUCUCAAAAGGGUAAAUAUGAUUGUUAGGAACUUUCGCUCCAUAGGAAAAAUGAUUUCAUAGGAACUUUAGGUCCGAAGAAAAUGGAAUGUGGUUGGGGUGGCAUUGACUUUAUUGCUGCCACACAAAUUCGGCCGGGGAUCAAUGUGCUGACAACUCAUGCCAAAUUGUGUCUCGGUGACGGUGCCUAUGAUGGUUGGCAUCCUUGUUCCAACUGGGCCAAAAGCUAAAAUCUCCUGGAGAGUCUGAGAAUUUUGGUGGGGUUUGCAAAACUGCAUUUAGAAGACAUUACCAAACACUCUGUCCUUGAUUGGCAUGAUGCACUGGGGGUCACUCGACUUGGCCGAUCUUGUGGAUAGCUUCCUUUUGGUCAAGGUGAUC